UUGAAUCUUUGAGCUGAAAAUGAGUGAAGCGACCCAGAAAUCGAAUCAGAAGCGUGAGAGCGAUUCUGGGGAUUCGAGCUCUGUUAUAAAGAAGCUGAAACUUGAACAUGGGCAAGACCCAGAAGCUGAAUCGAGCAAAAUGGAAAUGGGGUUUGAGAUUGAAGCUGAGGCAGCUGAGGAUAAGGGGUUGAGGCAGAGCAUGGAGGACGCUUGGGUUGUGCUCUUGGAUGGAAGCUUGGGUUUUCAGGGCAAAUUGAGGUGUGCGCAUUUUGCGGUUUAUGAUGGGCAUGGAGGUCGGUUAGCAGCAGAGUAUGCUCAGAAGCAUUUGCAUGCCAAUGUGGUCUCGGCUGGAUUACCACGUGAGUUGUUAAAUGUCAAAGCAGCUAAGAAGGCCAUUCUUGAUGGUUUUCGGAAAACUGAUGAGGCUAUUCUUCAAGAAAGUGCUGCAGGUACAGAUCUGAUCUUCUAUCCUCUAUUUAUGAUUCCGCUUGUAUUUGUUGCUAAUAUUGGGGAUGCAAAAGCUGUGGUAGCAAGAUCAACUUCUGUUGAUAAUUUGCAAACUGGUUCUGAUGAAGCACGUCUUCUGAAGGCCAUCGUUUUGACAAGAGAACACAAAGCCAUUUAUGCACAGGAGCGUGCUCGUAUUCAGAAGGCUGGCGGUAGUGUUGGUUCAAAUGGACGACUACAGGGUCGCCUUGAAGUUUCUAGGGCAUUUGGAGAUCGCCAGUUCAAAAAGUUUGGUGUUGUUGCUACCCCAGAUAUUCAUUCAUUUGAUCUUACAGAAAGAGAGCACUUCAUAAUUCUUGGUUGCGAUUGCCUCUGGGGAGUGAUUGGACCAAGUGAUGCUGUUGAUUUUGUGCAGAAACAAUUGAAGGGGGGAUUACCUGUUACAGCUAUUAGCCGCUCUUUAGUAAGAGAAGCUGUGCGUGAACGGCGCUGUAAAGAUAACUGCAUGGCUAUCAUAAUUCUGUUAAGGCACAAGUAGUUCUUGGCGCCAACUUCAUAUUGAAAGGAAUUCUGUACCUGUUAUAAAAAGUGUCUGCCAUGGUAUAAGCUGAUAGUUGUUGUCCAUCCAUUAGCUGCUCAGUGAUGAAGAAAUUUUUGGAAACUGCAGCCGUGGAUAAUUGUUGUAGACUAUAGCUAAACAUAUAUUGAAAUCUGAUCUCAACUUUAGCUUUUAUUCUGUAUGUUUGUACAGCAGUUCAGCUACAUUCCCUUGUAUGGGCCACUUUAAUCAUAUAUUUUGCUAGGUUAUCUAAUAAUUUGUAGAGAAGAAAGGCAUUGCCUACGGCUCUAC